AUGGCUGCAAGCAGGACGUUGAGAAUAGGAUUGAUACCCGGUGACGGGAUCGGGCGAGAGGUGAUUCCGGCAGGAAAACGGAUCCUCGAGUCACUCCCGUCGUCACUGGGGCUGAAGUUCAGCUUCGUCGACCUCGACGCCGGCUACGACACGUUCAAGCAGACAGGGACGGCGCUGCCGGACAAGACGGUCGAGACGCUGCGGAAGGAAUGUGACGGAGCGCUGUUCGGGGCUGUGAGCUCCCCAACGACGAAAGUCGCGGGCUACACGUCGCCGAUCGUGGCGCUGCGUAAGAAACUGAGCCUGUACGCGAACGUGCGGCCGUGUAAGACGACGCUGUCGCCGGCGUUCGCGUCGCCGACGCCGCAGCCGAUCGACCUGGUGAUCGUGCGCGAGAACACGGAGGACCUGUACGUGAAGGAGGAGAAGACGUACGCGGACCCGGCCGACCCGAGCGGCAAGGCGCAGAUCGCCGAAGCCAUCAAGCGCAUCUCGAGCAAGGCGAGCUGGCGCAUCGCCAACAUCGCGGGCGAGAUCGCCGCGCGGCGCGCCUCCAUGCGCUCCGCCGAGGAGAAGAGCCACAAAAAGGCCCUGGUCACCAUCACGCACAAGAGCAACGUGCUGUCGCAGACGGACGGCCUGUUCCGCGCGACCGCGCGCGAGGCGCUCUCCCAGGCCAAAUUCGGCAAUGCCUUCGGUGUCGAAGAGCAGAUCGUCGACAGCAUGGUGUACAAGCUGUUCCUGCAGCCGCAGUACUACGACGUGAUCGUCGCGCCGAACCUGUACGGCGACUUGCUGAGCGACGGCGCCGCCGCGCUGGUAGGGUCGCUGGGCUUGGUCCCGAGCGCGAACGUCGGCGACGGCAUCGUCAUCGGCGAGCCGUGCCACGGCUCCGCGCCGGACAUUGAGGGCAAGGGCAUUGCGAACCCGAUCGCGACGAUCCGGAGCGUCGGCGUCAUGUUGGAGUUUCUGGAUCUGCCCGAGGCUGCGAACGCCGUCUACAAGGCUGUCGAUGGGAAUCUCGGGGAAGGGAAGUUCGUGUCCCCGGACUUGGGCGGCAAGGCCACCACGGAGCAGGUCCUGGAGGAUAUUAUCAAGCGAUUAUAG